AUGAAGCCUGAUUUAACCCUCCUUUGUUUCUUCUUCUGUGGUGUUGACGUCUCUCUAGUUUUGGGUUUUUGUCCGUCCCAGUGUGUCUGCGACCACGAUGACCGCAGCGUUUCCUGUUUCAGAGUUGAAUUCCUGCCACUUUUCCACCGCAGCACUCAGGAGUUGUGGCUGAUGGAGACAAAACUGUCUGGGAUUCCUCAAAACGCUUUUUCUUAUUUGGCCAACAUGUCUCAUAUAUUUAUUUCUGAGGACGACACGUUACGAUUCCUGGAGAAACAUUCCUUCUUUAACCUGUCCAGACUCACUCACAUUCAGCUGUCUGGGUUGAAAUCACUGUCUCACAUUGAUCCAGAGGCAUUCAAGGACCUGCCACAUUUAAAGUACCUAGGGAUCACCAACACGGGCCUCACAUCUUUCCCUGAUCUUCAGCACAUUCAGUCCAAAAAGGAGGAUUUUAUUCUAGAGAUCGUAGAGAACAUCUUCCUUACCGUGAUUCCUGCUAACGCAUUCACUGGUGUCUCAAAAAAUCGUCUCACCUUAAUGUUAAACAGCAACGGAGUGAGAGAGGUGGAGCGUUUGGCCUUCAAUGGGAGCAGCCUGGAAGAAGUGUAUCUUCACAGGAACGUGGAUCUGAUACAGAUCGAUGAUUUGGCUUUUGAUGGCGUCAUUGAUGGCCCGACGCUCCUCGACCUCUCAGACACCGCCGUGCGCUCUCUACCCUCUGCAGGAAUGGCCAAUGUUGAAAAGCUUCGGGUUAAAAACACUUGGAACUUGAGAGCUCUGCCCCCCCUCACCGCCUUCGCCCACUUACAGAGCGCUGAAUUAACGUUCCCAAGCCACUGCUGCGGCCUCACAAUGCUCCAGAGAUGGAGAGGAGACCAUGAGGCUCAGAUCUGCAACCUCAUUGGGAAAGAUUUUGGGAAUAUCCCAGACUUCUCACCGUUGGGUGUCUCUCAGAGGUAUGACAAACAGGAAGGUCAUGACCCUUUGGCGGGCGCCGUUGGAGUCCUGGCUUCCAGCAGCUUUAAUCCCAGCGGUGGUUUUCGUCCGUCUGAAGCGGAUCAGAACGACAGUUUGUUUUACGUGGAGUUACCGGCCGACCAUCUCAGCGACGUUUUCGACCUCGCUCUUUGUAACCGCCGUCACGCCGACCGACCAUCCUGCACCCCUCUUCCUGACGCCAUGAACCCCUGUGAGGACGUGAUGAGUCAGAGUUUUCUGAGGUUGCUGGUCUGGGUUGUCAGUCUGUCGGCCAUCUUUGCUAACCUGCUGGUGAUGUUCAUCCUGCUCACCAGCCGACAGAAGAUGUCCGUCACUCGUUUCCUCAUGGGCCACCUGGCGUUUGCAGAUUUUUGCAUGGGGCUUUACCUGCUGCUCAUUGCAUCCGUAGACCUGUACACCCGCUCCCAGUAUUACCAGUACGCCAUUGCCUGGCAAACAGGAAGUGGCUGUAAGCUAGCAGGGACAUUAUCCGUGUUUGCCAGUGAGUUAUCAGUGUACACAUUAACAUUAAUCAGCCUUCAGCGCUGGCACGCCAUCCUCUACGCCAUGAGGCCAGAGAGGAGGAUCCGUCUCCGCCAUGCGGCGGUGCUGAUAAUGGUCGGCUGGUUUCUGUGUGCCACCCUCGCUCUGCUUCCUGUCGUGGGCGUUAGCAGUUACCAAAGAGUGAGCAUCUGUUUACCCAUGGACACGGAGACACCGGCUGCUCGCGCCUACGUGGUCUCCGUCCUCAUGGCUAACGUCCUUGCUUUCAUGGUGGUGUGUCUUUGUUACCUUCACAUCUACUUCAUGGUGCACAACCCUCAGCACCUGUCCAGCAGGUGUGACACCAGCAUGGCCAAACGCAUGGCCAUCCUCGUCUUCACCAACUUCCUGUGUCUGGUUCCCAUCUGCUUCUAUGGUCUGUCUGCAGCUCUGCACCAACCACUGAUGACCGUCACCGACUCGAAGGUUCUUCUGGUCCUCUUCUACCCUCUGAACUCGUGUGCACACCCGUUUUUUUACGCUCUCCUCACUAAAGCGUUCCAUCGAGAUAUGGUGGUGUUACUGAGCCGCCUCGGUCUGAGCCAGCAGGAAACGCUCUACUACCGCAGCCAGUUUUACCCCCCACGUUUACGGAGAGAAAACAUCGGCCCUGCAGCCCGGUCCAAACACCCCGCAUCAAAAUAA